AGUGUUAGCAUCGGCAUCCCUCGUAAUCAGUGCUAAGAUGUCCCAAUGUCUCCAAUCAAGCGAAAGUGGAAAUCUGCAAGAACCCUGCAUACCACACGAAAAAGAACACAAGUUAUUUUGCAUAGAUUGCAACAAGGCAUUUUGUGGCGCUUGUAUGGACCAAGGGAAACAUGAUUUUCAUCAAAUUUGUACUCUAGCUAGUGUGUACAAUGAGAAGAUAUCUGUUGUCAAAGAUAAACUCAAACAGUUGGAAAAGUACCAAGAUGAAUGGCGCUCGGGGAGUUCUGCCUACGAAAGAAAUCUGCGUUUGCUCGAAAAAGCAGAAACCUUUCUUUGAAACGAUAUCGCAGAAAUUAUUACACAUGCUGAACAGGAUCUCGCAAAUAUGACAAAUGAUCGCAAAAAGGUACUCUCGAAGAAGCUGGAACAAACGACGAAGAACACCAAAAUGCUAACGGAUUUAAACAGUAAGGUCGAUCAACUGUCCAUGAAUCAGUUCUUGCAGCAAUUCGCACAAAUUGACCUACAGUGCGAUGAAUUGAUCGGAGCUCCGGAGCCUGUCACGCUUCAAAGUGUGGAUGAUAUUCAUUGUCGCCUGAUUCCUCCGUAUCAAUUUGAACAAGUGAUAUAUCCGGGAUUUUUUAAGGCGAAACACAAUGACGAACACAAUGUUAUGAUAAAAUCAGCCCGUGACGUAGAGUGGAAAUUGACUGUGAAUAAGUCAGACUUAAUACGAAUUAGCCUGCGCGCCACAGACUCUCAGGUAGCGACAUUUCGCCAUGCCUUGACGAUAGUUAUUCCACAUCCGGAUUACACUAAAGAAAUCUCGGAU